CCCCCCCGCAGGCAGCUCAUAUCAUUGUAUACGAUGUCACAAAAUCCAAACGUGGACGAUUUGAAAAUAAGCCAUCCGGUGCCUCUUCCUCCACUGUGGGUGCGGUGUGAUGGCACGGACCACCGACAAACUAUCUGGCUAGGGGCUGAGCCCCUCUCCACUGGAAGCCACGUCACUGGGAUCACUCUGCAUACAGUUAUCAGCAGUGGCCCGUUGCCAAAUAAAAACUGUUCUGCGGAUUUGAAAGAACUGAAAGAGAGCCACAGAAGAAGACAUGGCUGUUCUGGGCUGAGGACGAAAGGCUUUGCCUCUUACAAGUUCUUUGAAGGCACCUUGCUGGACUCCUGCUCCCUGGAGGACACCUCUGCUCCACUGGAGAGAAAUAUAAAUGUUGAGUUUGCUUGGAACGAUGUGACGAAGAUUCUGCAGCUCCCUCCGCCCACUUGUGCCGUUACUCUGAAGCUUCAGAUGGCUUGCGGGGCCCCUUUGAGUUCUGUGUAUGAGGUCAGCAGAGAGCUGCAGUCCCUUCUCGCCUUGGCCAGGGGCUUGAAGACUGGCGUGACGGAGUGGAGGAAGCCUUCAGGAGGGAAAUCGGCUGUUGAACUGGUCCAGAAACUUUUGAAAGGUCUAAAGGACGAAGCAAAUGAAUUAAUGACGCCAAACAAUAAUGAGAGUCUCCGGAAUGACACCGCUACAGUUUCUUGCUCCAUAAAAACAGGUUUUAGUAGCAGAGAAGAUCUGGAUUUUGUUGAGCAGCUCUGGUGCGAACUAUGGAAAAGUGUUACAUCCUAUGAGGAACUGGUGAAGUGUUUCAAGCUGAUAUUGGAGGGAUUGCAUUGUGGUGAACUGCAAGCAUCGAUUCACAAAGGAAGUAAUGCCUUACUGCGCAAACUAAUUGAAGACUAUCACCGUGGAUGUACGGAGACGGUUUCUCUGAGUGGUGACACUCCCAUUCAAAUGCUUCUAGAGAUUGGUUUGGAUAAAAUGAAGAGAGAUUAUGUCGACUAUUUUAUAGGUAAGCCUUUAGCAAUUUUUCAUUACAAAGACUAUUUCAUGUCCACCUCAGUCGAUCUGCAGGAGCAGGUCCGUCGUGUUCAGAAACUCCAUCACGUGCUGGAAAUAGCGGACACCUGCAUGGAUCUUCUUAAACUUGAUCAUUUGAACCUCGUCGUCUUGACACAGUCCUGUGUAAAAUACUACAAGGAAAACCCCCUAAAUGAAAUGCACGUGUUCAAGCUACCAGUGAAGCCGUCUUUUGCAACAGACUUAUGCCGAAAUGCCAAUCUCGAACUAUGGAGAGUGGAAAUAAGCAGCGGACGAGGACAAAAAGAAGUGAAAACCAUCUGGCAGUUUAGCAGCGACUCUCCGGCAGAACACCUGGACAGGAGCAGGACAGGUCUCCUGGAUAGUACGGAAGUAUGCGACGACCUGGAGGGGACACACUUUGCUACCUUGGCGGAGUGCAACCAGGUGCAUUUCUUCUCGCAUUGAAGUAAGACUAAUUUAAAGGGCAUUAUCGUCCUGGUGCAAUAAGUC